AUGCUUGGUGCCUCGCCACGCACCCAGAGAUCACAUUCUUCGAUACAGUUGCCACCCGAGUUCUCCCAGGGAAUCACUCAAGUGCCUUUGUUCGCUUAUAAAACAUCGGAUUUUGUCUACGAUUUGCGGGAAAGUACGUCAAAUGAUGAAAGAGAAGAAGAAGAGGAAGGAGAUCAAUUUUUGGAAAGGGAAAAGGAAAUACCAAAGAAUAAAAAGUUGAAAGAUCUCAUUCAUCAGCGAUGGGAAGCAGGAAAAGAACGAGGAGCGAUCAACUAUCAACUCAAUUGUAUGUACAAAUUUCUCGAUGGAAACUACGAGUUGUGUAUUCAGUUGAAUGCGGAGCGAGGUGAGUUGAGACGGAAGCCGAUGCGAUUUAAAUCGAUUCGAGAACCCUUUUCUCCACUCCGUUUCAACUUCACCAAGUUGAACGAGGCUGAGGUGAUGUUGUACCUAAAAUGCGAGGAUCGGCCGAUCACGAAUGACCCGUUAGACAGGCAUCUGGUAGCUGUCAACGCAUCGCCAUUGACAAAAUACCACUCUCUUAUCAUUCCCACCGUCAACAAAUGUUUGCCACAAGUUCUGACAGCAACCGGUGUCCGGGUGGCUGUUGACAUGAUGUUAUUGGUAGUCGAUGAGACAUUCCAUGUUCUUUUCAACAGUCUUCUCGGUCAUGCCUCUGUCAAUCAUCUUCAUCUACACACUCUCUAUUGGCCCUAUGAUUCGGAUCUCGUUAAUCGACGAUUCGAACCGUUGGGUGAUAUUAAAGACGCUUAUGUGAUUCGUCCGCCAGAUUGGUUCUGCAGUGCCUUCGCUUUUCAAUUGCUCAACAAAGAUGGAUACGAGAAAUUUAUGAGCAACUUGACAAAAUGUGUCGAGUUUUUGACGGAACGAGAUCAAGCGCAUAAUGUUUUCUUCACAAGAGCUCAAGCCGUUCGUUUGGAUGGAGCGUUGAGGGUGGAAGAUCGGAGAAAUGAAAGGGGAAGAUAUGUGACUGCCUAUGUUUUCCCGAGAAGUAAUAUGCAUGGUGCAAAACCGCCAACGAGUUUCAGUCCAGCCGCUUGUGAAUUGGCUGGCUGUUUGACAGCUUACACGUAUCGUUUCUUUGAAUCGGUCACCGAACAAGCAGCGGUGCGUGUGAUCGAAGAAGAAGCCCUUUUACCAGAAGAGCGUUUCUCGAAUCUCUCCACCGAUCUCGGUUGUCUUCUUGCCGGCCGUCCAGUCAUCAAUCGACCUGCUGCCUUUUCACAAUUAGAAGGAUUGACAAGUCCCGAAAUCGAUGAGUUACACGAUUCUUUCCAAACUUUCGAACCGCACUCACCAGCGAGAACGCCGCGAAACGGACGACCGAGGACAAGUUCAGCCGAUGCACUUUUCAUGUCAAGACUGAAAAUCGAU